AACAACCUUCGUUACGCUUUCUCUGUCCAUGGCAGCAGGGAGACGAAGGUGAGGAGUGGAGAUGCCAACGCCUUCUCCGAUGAGUAUCGCGAGAGAAGCAGGUUGGUACUUCGCUGUUGCCACCUGCAUCAAGCUUCUCCUCAUCCCCGCAUACCGCAGCACUGAUUUUGAGGUCCACCGCCACUGGCUCGCCAUCACCCAUUCCCUCCCCCUCUCGCUCUGGUACUCCGACGAAACCAGCCAGUGGACUCUCGACUACCCUCCCUUCUUUGCCUUCUUUGAGCGCUUCCUAUCAUUUUUUGCUGCCAUUAUCGAUCCUACCAUCGUCGACCUCAACCUCGGCCUCAACUAUUCCGCCCCUUCCGUCGUUUACUUCCAGAGACUGACCGUCAUCAUCGCCGAUCUCAUCCUCUUCUUGGGCAUUUCACGGAUCGCCCGGAAUGUCUUCCCCUCGACGAGGCGUGCCUUGAUCCUAGUGGCCGUGUUGUGGUCGCCUGCUCUGUUGAUUGUGGACCACGUGCAUUUCCAGUAUAAUGGGUUCCUCUUGGGGAUUCUGAUGAUUUCCCUCUCGUUCCUCGAGGACGGUAAUCGGGAUUUACUGGGGGGAUUCUUUUUUGCUGUGUUGAUCUGUUUCAAGCAUCUCUUCAUGGUGGCGGGCCCUGUUUAUUUCGUGUAUUUGUUGAGGCAUUACUGUUGGUUGGGUAAUGGGCGCUUCGGAGGGUUCUUGAGGAGGCUGAUUCUUAUGGGCGCGGUGGUGGUCUCUGUGUUUUUGGUGGCGUUUGGGCCAUUUUUGUAUCAUGGCCAGAUGCAACAGGUUCUGCACCGACUAUUCCCUUUUGGCAGAGGUCUGUGCCAUGCGUACUGGGCUCCUAACUUUUGGGUAUUUUACAUUAUUGCUGACAAAUUCAUCGCAUUUAUGCUGAGGAAACUUGGGUUCAGCAUUCAGGCACCAGCAGCUUCAUUCACUGGUGGACUUGUUGGAGACUCUCCUUUUUCUGUCCUCCCCCAGGUGACUCCUUUAACCACCUUCUGUAUGGUGAUGCUUGCCAUACUUCCCUGCCUUGUCAAGGCAUGGAAAUCUCCUCAACCAAAGCACAUUACUCGGUGGGUUGCAUAUGCUUACACCUGUGGUUUUAUGUUCGGAUGGCAUGUUCACGAGAAAGCAUCACUUCAUUUUGUUAUUCCCCUUGCCAUCAUUGCUACGAGUCAUUUGGAGGAUGCAAGCCAUUACUUCUUACUAUCUACAGUUUCAUGCUAUUCAUUGUUCCCUCUUCUAUACGAAGCCAGAGAGUACCCAGUUAAGGUGCUGUUGCUUCUUACUCAUGCGGCCAUCCUGUGGUCAGGCUUUUCACAACAUUUCAGCAUGAUCAGCGCUUCUGAAGACGGCAAAGACAAAAAGCGGUCUAGCGUUUCUUUGCAGGGAACAAAACUAUUUGGUUGGCCUACCAAGAUCUAUCUUUCGGGCUUGUUGGCAAUUGAGAUUUGGGGACAGUUCUUACACCCAUAUAUUUUUGGGGACAAAAUGCCAUUCUUACCUCUUCUGUUAGUGUCCAUAUAUUGUGCUUUUGGAAUGUUAUACUCCUGGUUCUUCCAAUUGAAUAGGAUAAUCAGAUGUUCUUAGUGAAA